AUGGUCGCGAUAUUUCAAAGAACUGUUACUGCGGAUUGGUAUACCACCAUUUGUUUGCCAAAAGUCAUCACUGAGCUUCGAAAAAUCAACCCCGAAAGAAGAACCAUCCUCCACCAAGACAAUGCAAGCUCGCACACAGCCCAAAAAACAAGGCAGUAUUUAACGGAAGAAAACGUGGAAUUAUUGAACCAUCCUCCAUAUAGUCCCGAUCUAAGUCCUAACGAUUCCUUUACUUUCCCGAAAAUCAAAAACAGACUGCGUGGUCAAAGGUUCCAGUCACCAAAAGGAGCAGUUGACGCAUUCAAAAAUGCCGUUUUGGAUCUGCCAGCAAACGAGUGGAAUAAGUGCUUCGAAAAUUGGUUCGAGCGCAUGCAGAUGUGUAUUAAUCAAACAAAAAACAAUAAAUUUAAUGCUUCCAAAACGCAGUACUGUACUUUGAUCAACAAAAAGCGUCCUAGCGAUCAUCCAGUUUUGAUGGUCGGCCGAGUUCUGCCAAAGAGCCCUUCAUUUCGGCUGAUCGGACUGCUGGGCUAUUUGUUUAGGGCUAAGAAGUUCUUUUAUCAGCAUCACCUCCUCACUCUAUACAAGGCCCAGACAAGUCCUAGCUUCGAGUGUUGCUCACAAGUUUGGAGUGCUGCCGCCCCGACAACAUUAUAUGGCAUAAAUCGCGAGCUUCUGGACUACCUCGAACGUCACGGCUUGAUUAGCGACAGACAGUAUGCUUUCCGGCACCAGCGAUCCACAGGGGACCUCUCUUAUGGUGAGGCUCAUGUCUUUGCUCUUGAUAUCACGAAUGCAUUCGAUCAGCUGUGGCACGCUGACUUCUUAUGCAAACUUCCAUCCUAUGGCCCCCCAGAAAAUAUUUGCAGAUGGGUGGCUGACUUUCUCUCUGACCGCAAGAUUACCGAGGACUUGAUCUGGCACGAACACAUCUCGUCAAUAGCGGCAGCUGCUGGGAAAAAGCUAGCCCAGAUAAGGCCUAGCCUCGAGCUCUCUUCCAUGAUGUCGCCGCGCGAUACCUCCCAUCCUAACCGUGUCGAACUUCGAGAGAGCUUUCCCAGUUCUACUAACCUUAGGCAGUUCAAAUAUCGUAUGAACAAAAUUUCUUUGGGAUCAUUAUAG